AUGCACGCCCUCCAGCUCCUGUUCAGGCCCAGCCAUGUCACCCUGCUCCUGGUUCUCUGUCUGCAGCUGGGGACCAACAAAGCUCAGGAAGACAAUCGAAAGGCGAUUAUCAUGGACGUGGACAUCCCCCAAACAACGAGAGCAAAUGAAGAAGUCACUCUGAAGCUGGUAGUUAAAACGGAAUUGAGAGAAUGUAUGGUGAUUAAGUCUUACCUGGCAAGCAGCCGUCCAGUCGAUGGUCCUUUUAACUAUAAAUUCACCUCCUGCCUCUGUUCAGAUUAUCCAAGAACCUUCUACUGGGACUUUCAGCCCAACAACACUGUAACAAUAGCCACGGUGGUUGAUGUCGUUCGUGAACUAAACAUCUGCCCCAACAACAAGGCAGUGAUACCCAUCGAAGCAAACCGCUUUCGUGUCUUGAACACCCUGUGGGUAUACUGAGCUCG